AUGUCCAAAUCUGUCAUUUCCCUUGCUUUCCUUCUUGUGGUGGUGGUGCUGAUGGUUUCCACUCUUCUCACUUCUACGACAAAAGGAGUGAAUGCCAAUACCAUCAAUAUAUUACGAGGAGGACAACCACAAGCUUCAUCAUCAUCUUCGGGUAAUCAUACUCUUCCAGGUACUUUUGAACGAAUUCUCAUCGUUAAUUUUGAGAAUCAACCUUUACAACUCACUCUCCUUCAUGAGUACUUUAAUUAUGUAGCCUAUAAAGUCGGAGCCUUGUUGGGUCAAUACUAUGCCAUUACUCAUCCUUCUCAACCAAAUUAUUUGUGCCAAAUUGCCGGAGAUUAUUUUGGACAUAAUUCAGAUAGUAAUGUCAAUGUGAAUGCUACCACUUUGGUGGAUUUGUUGGAAGCAAAGGGUUUGACCUGGAAGUCCUACCAAGAAAAUUAUCCAAAAGAAAACUCUGGUACUGGAUCAUGUUUUGUUGGAGCAAACUAUCAGAAAUUGUACUACAGAAAACACAAUCCUUUCAUGACAUUUGACAAUAUUCGAAACAACCCAAAUAGAUGUAGAAAUAUUGUAUCUGGAGAACAAUUGGAUAUUGACAUUGCCUCUGGAAAGCUUCCAAAUGUAAUGUAUUACACUCCAAAUAUUGACAACGACGGUCAUGAUACUGGUUUGAAUUAUGCUAAUGAUUGGUUGGCCAAGUGGUUGCCAGUUCGAUUGAACAAUCCUAAUUUCAUGAGAGGAACUUUGAUCUUUAUUACAUUUGAUGAAGAUGACUACUUGUUUGAAAAUCAUAUUUAUGCUGUUGUGAUUGGUGACAUGGUGAAGACUGGUAUUGAGGAUAGAAAUACUUACAAUCACUACUCAUUGUUGAGAACCAUUGAAGAGAACUUCCAAUUAGGAACUCUUGGAAGAAAUGAUGCUAAGGCCAAUUCUUUCACUUCAUGCUUUAAGAAUCAAUAA